AUGGCAAUUCAAGAUGUGUCGAGUCCAGGCUUCCAAGGCAAGAGUGGCCUAAAGGCGAACAUUGAAGACAUCAGCGCGCACCCGUAUCCUACUCUGGUGGUGCAGGCACAUAAACUUGCGGCCAAAGCGCUAGCAGAUGAGAUCCAAUGCUCGAUCUCCCAAAUGGACGCCAAACGCAUUCCAGAGCUAACAGUUGGCCUUGAGAGCUGUAUGCAGGGGUUGCAGCGGCUUCAAGGAGCUCUUGUGAUGUUUCCGGAAAUGAGCAGUGACAUAGACCGGCUGUUCCAGUAG